ACGCGCGGAGGUGUCGGAGGGGGAACAGAGAGGACUGAGGUGCGGGGAGCGUCGCCCUUGUCUGGGGGGGAAAGAUGACAGUGGUGCCCGGAGAGAACCUGGAUGAGACUGUGGCACUUGCCGCCCUGUCAGCCCAGGAUGUUUACGACCCGGAGCGAGCCGAGAACCAGGAGUGCUGCGAGCGGGUGGUCAUCAACAUCUCCGGGCUGCGCUUCGAGACGCAGCUGAAGACGCUCGCCCAGUUCCCCUCCACUCUGCUGGGGGACCCGCGCAAGAGGAUGCGCUUCUUCGACCCGCUGAGGAACGAGUAUUUCUUUGACAGGAACCGACCCAGCUUCGAUGCCAUCCUCUACUACUACCAGUCCGGCGGCCGGCUCAGGAGACCCGUCAACGUGCCGGUGGACAUCUUCAUGGAGGAGAUUAAAUUCUACGAACUGGGGGAUGAGGUGAUUGAGAAUUUUAAGGAGGAUGAGGGGUUUAUUAAGGAGGAAGAGCGCCCGCUGCCUGAUAACGAGUUCCAGCGGCAGGUUUGGCUCCUGUUCGAGUACCCGGAGAGCUCCGGACCCGCCAGGGGGAUCGCAAUAGUUUCCGUGCUGGUGAUUCUCAUCUCCAUCGUGAUUUUCUGCUUGGAGACUUUACCCGAGUUCAGAGAGGAAUCCAGAACGUUUGACGAGCAGCUGGUGGUGAACGGAACCGCGCGCGCAAAGAAGCCAAACCCGUUCACAGACCCGUUUUUCAUCGUGGAGACUCUCUGCAUCAUCUGGUUCUCCUUCGAGCUGCUGGUCCGGUUCCUCGCCUGCCCGAGCAAGCCCGCGUUCUUCAAGAACAUCAUGAACACCAUCGACAUCGUGGCCAUCAUGCCCUACUUCAUCACGCUGGGGCUGGAGUUAGCGGAGCACCAGGGGAACGGCCAGCAGGCCAUGUCUCUGGCCAUCCUGAGGGUCAUCCGCCUGGUCCGGGUCUUCCGGAUCUUCAAGCUCUCCAGACACUCCAAGGGGCUCCAGAUCCUCGGGAAGACGCUGCAGGCCAGCAUGAGGGAGCUGGGGCUGCUUAUAUUCUUUCUCUUCAUCGGAGUCAUCCUCUUCUCCAGCGCGGUGUACUUCGCGGAGACCGACGACCCGGAAUCGGGCUUCAGCAGCAUCCCGGACGCGUUCUGGUGGGCGGUGGUGUCCAUGACCACGGUGGGCUACGGGGACAUGUGUCCGGUCACCAUCGGGGGGAAGAUCGUGGGCUCCCUGUGCGCCAUCGCCGGAGUGUUGACCAUCGCGCUGCCGGUGCCGGUCAUCGUCUCCAACUUCAACUACUUCUACCACCGGGAGACGGAGCACGAGGAGCAGUUCCAGUACACGCAUGUGACCUGCGGGCAGCUGCAGCCGCAGUUUGGGGAGUUCAAGAGGAGCGACAGCAAACCGUCUCUGUCCAAGUCUGACUACCUGGACAGCGACGACGCGGACUCCAUCAAAUACACCAACUGCAGUCCGCACAAAGCCUACACCGGGAAGCUCACAGAUGUAUGAUUUUUUUUUUUUUUUACCCAGAAUUACGCGUCAGUGGCGCGUUGGAGGGAAACGGUUUCUUUCAGCGCCAUCCCCACAUCCUGCGCUCUGGUUUGAGUUUAGACUGGCGAGCUCCUUAUUUCUGCCAUCAAAGGGAAUCAUUUCAAUCACAACAGUGGAUGGAUUAUAAGAGAAUUUAUAUUUAUCCUCCUGAAACUGUCUUCCAUUACGCGCGUCAUGAGUCAAAGAUCAGCCUAUAGCCAAUUGUAGCACUUUAUGAUUAGUAAUGUUUCUCUUAGUAAAUGCGUAAUUUAUUGCCCGAAUGCAGGUUGAACGUUUACAUUUGAUUUUCAGUCUAUUUGAAGCUGAGACACAACACAGGACCAAUUUAAUCUAAAUAUACAGACUGAUGCAGGAGGCACAUGGUGGAUGUUAUUAAUAUGGUCCCGCGCGCACACACACGCACACGCACCUGUUAUUUCAGCCUCAUGUAUUUUCCAUUCAGACUGGCUGGAGCUCAGUGGUGGAUCAGAUGAUGUGUCAUUUCAACUGGCAGCACGCUGGAAGAAUCGAUUAUCCUAAAAUUAAACGACUUUAACGCCAGAUUUGAGUAGAAUCUACAUUCUGUAAACACAAGUAGCCUGUAAGACAAGACACAGGGCGAACACACCCUUUUUCUUUACAUGCAGAUUUAAAAUUUUUGCAGACUUCAGAAGGUUUAAUCUGUUUGUAAGAUGAAAUCAGGUGCAGCGAUUUGCAAACCGAGAGCGCCACUGUGUGGAUGAACCGCAUUCCUGCAUCCCUCCAGUGGAUGCAGUUUCUAUAGCAACCUUCCAGACUUUUCUGUAUUGUCUGCCACAGGAAUGAAAGGACGCAGGCUGAAAGUGUAGAGACAGGGAGGGAGAGAGAGAGAGAGAGAGAGAAAACCACCAUGUUGUGGAAGCCUCCAUGUUGUUUGAUUCCACCAGCUGAAACUAAACACAUCACUUUCAUCUUAUGCAGGAAAAAUGAUCCCAUAUAACACAUUUACAGCCAGAUGUUUGACCUGUUGUCCCCACACCUUCACACGGAGAACAGGAAUCAUACAAAGGGUCCAAAUUGGGCUGCAGACAAACAAUUAUUCUAAUUAUCUGACAUUUUAGGUGAUGGGUAAUAAAAAAUACCCAUCACAACAACCCUGAGUCUAAAGUGAUCUUUUAAAGAUUGUAUAUUUUGUCUGAUUGACACGAAAAAAAAAAAACCCUAAAGGGAUUAAAUUUAAGAAAAAAUAUGUAAUGUUCACAUUUUAGGGUGUUUUAGAGCUCGACCAAUACUGGAUUUGCGAGGCUGAUAUACAGAUAUUUGAAAGAAAAAGACAAUAUAGUUUAUAUUGUUUUUUUUAGGUGUUGUGACAUCAUGUCUGGAGGCAGAUUACAUCACAUUUUACCAUCCAAGAUGAUUGUAGUGACAAGAAUUUGACUUGCAAACUGUGAAUUAGUUUAAAUAAUGAAGAUACAUUAAUGUUCAGUCAUUUCUUGUUGCCGGGUAUGGAAGCAAAAAAAUGUCAUAAGUCUAAGCUUUGAAAUUCAGUGACAUUUAAAAUGUCAUAAUUAUGUCAUAAUUAUUUCUAGAUCAUUUUAAAUCAUCAAUCUGAAUUUAUGUGGUAAAUUUUAGGUCGGUAAUUUCAAGUUCCGAAAUUCAAAAAGUUUCCAAUUUUCAAAUCAUGUUGGUUACAUUUAGAUGUAAAAAAAUCAAGUCAAGUAAAAACAAACAAACAAACUAAAGGAAGAAAAAAUAAUUUUGCUAAAACUUGAUGAAGAUGAAAUAUUCAAACUAUAACAUGUGGGAAACCAAGGAUAAACAAUCUGCUGAAGAAGAUCAUGUAAUAUGACUGAAAGCUGCAGAAGAGCUGCUAAAAAUGGAUCAUGGUGAGAUUGUUUUCUGGACUGCAAGAACAAACUUUGAAUCUCAAAUUUGAAGCCAAAGUGGGAAAAAAAGUCCUUAAAGUUCUCAGAAAAAUGGAAACGUGAUCUUCUACAAUUCCACAACAACUUACUGAGCAAACUCCGUCUGCCGAGGAAGACGACUGAAAGCUCCGCAACAGCUACUCAACGGACCUCGUGCUGACCUCCGUCCUGUGACGUUAUGUUGUUCAUAGUCACAUGAUCCGAGAAAUUUAGGAGCAACUGGAAACCUGAAGAACAUGAAUUUAAGAUUUUGAAAUCACGAAACUUCAGAAAAUUUAAAACAUUUAAUUUCAGGUAAAAGAUUUUCAAAGAAAAAUAUGUCAAUCCAAAAAAAAAACAAAACAAAACGGCUGUAUUAAUAUUUCAACAGAAGAUA